GAUGCACGCAAGGCGGCAUGUGAUACGACGCUGGUCCAGGCCACUGCCAACAUGGAGCCGGUGGGGCGCAUUCAGAUGCGCACCCGACGCACGCUGCGCGGCCACCUCGCCAAGAUCUACGCCAUGCACUGGGGCUCCGACUCGAGAUACCUGGUGUCGGCCUCGCAGGACGGCAAGCUGAUCGUGUGGGACGCCUACACGACGAACAAGGUGCACGCCAUUCCGCUGCGCAGCAGCUGGGUGAUGACCUGCGCCUACGCGCCCUCGGGCUCGUACGUCGCCUGCGGCGGCCUCGACAACAUCUGCUCCAUCUACAGUCUGAAGACGCGCGAGGGCAACGUCCGGGUCAGCCGGGAGCUGCCCGGCCACACCGGCUAUCUCAGCUGCUGCCGCUUCCUGGACGACAACCAGAUUGUCACCAGCUCGGGCGACAUGACCUGUGCCCUGUGGGACAUUGAGACCGGGCAGCAGUGCACCUCCUUCACGGGGCACACCGGCGACGUCAUGUCGCUGUCGCUCUCCCCCGACACGCGAACUUUCGUCUCCGGCGCCUGCGACGCUUCCGCAAAGCUUUGGGACAUUCGCGAUGGCAUGUGCAAGCAGACGUUCCCGGGCCACGAGUCGGACAUCAACGCCGUGACGUUCUUCCCGAACGGGCACGCCUUCGCCACCGGCUCCGACGACGCCACCUGCCGUCUGUUCGACAUUCGAGCUGACCAAGAGCUUGCGAUGUACUCCCACGACAACAUCAUCUGCGGCAUCACCUCGGUGGCGUUCAGCAAGUCCGGGCGGCUGCUGCUGGCCGGCUACGAUGACUUCAACUGCAACGUCUGGGACUCCAUGAAGGCGGAGCGGGCUGGCGUCCUCGCCGGCCACGACAACCGCGUCUCCUGCCUGGGCGUCACCGAGGACGGCAUGGCGGUGGCCACCGGCUCCUGGGACAGCUUCCUCAAGAUUUGGAAUUAA